CUAUGUGAGGAUGUGUUUACACCCGGCACGUAUUCCAUUCCACCGCAGACCGCACCACCGCAUAUCAUGCGUAACGCCGGAUCAUCCAGUUUUGUUCUCAUCGUAGGUCCAGCUUCCGUCUUCCUUGUGCCUGCCCAAGAAGACGCCCACCACCGCUAUAAGAGCGCGGCGCAUCUAUCAGUCUUUUCAUACCCAUCUAGCUCUCCGGCGAACAACCAGUAAGUGCGGUGCCGGCCGGUCGGGAUGGACGAGGCAAGCUCCCACGCCGCCGCCAAGGCCGCGCCCGUGCGGGCUGUCGCCGUUUCCCGGGUUGCGCCGUCGGUGCUCGGGCAGGGGCAGCGCGGGGAACGCGUGAAACUUUCCUUCCUUGAUUCGUUGUGGGUCGUGCUGCCGCCGAUCCAGCGGGUGUUCCUGUACCAGCUUGGGGAGGAUGGCGGCAGUGACGACGGCUUCCAGGCUGUGGUCGAGCGACUCAAGCGCGCUCUCGCGGACACGCUGGCGCACUACCUGCCCCUGGCGGGGACGCUGGAGUACGUGGCGGAGACCGGGGACGCCUUCGUGGACUGCACCAACGCCGGGGUCGCCUUCAUCGAGGCCGAGGGCGGCAUGGAUGUGCAUCGUCUAGCUGGCGACGAGGCGCACGACACCCUCGCAUUCCUGAGCCUCGUGCCGGAGCUCGAUGCACGGGUGCUCCCGGCGCCCGUGCUGUCAGUACAGGCCACUCGUCUAAGCGGCGGCCUGGCGGUCGGCCUGUCUGUGCACCACGCAGUAGCCGACGGACGCGCCGUGUGGCGAUUCAUGGAGGCUUGGUCUUCCGCUGCCCGCGAGGGCUCCCCAGUCACCAAGGUCCUCGGCCCGCCACACUACAGCCGCGACGUCAUCUCACACCCGAACGCCGACGAGCUCGCCCGCGAGAUGCUAAAGACCGUCGCGCCCAAUCUCCCAAAGGUGAGGGGGCAGUACGACUUCAGCCAGCGGUUCCUGCUGGCGCGCCGAACGUUCUACCUCGGCGCCGACGAGAUCCGGUCGCUUAGGCGGCGGAUCGACGACCUCGCCUCCGCCGAGUCUACUGCCGCCGGUGGCGACGCGCCCCAGCCGAAACCAGUGUCAACGUUCGUGGCGCUGGCGGCGCUGAGCUGGACGGCGUUCGUUCGUUCCAAGGGGCUCGGCGCCGGGGACGACACGUACCUGGCGUUCCUCGCCGACCUGCGCUCCCGCCUCGACCCGCGUGUCAGCGAGGCUUACCUCGGCAACUGCGUGCGCGCGUGCCUGGCGAGCUGCGCCGACGCGGCGGAUCUCCUCGGCCAGGCGGGCAUCCUCCACGCGGCGCGGGCUGUGCAGGCCGCGGUGGCGGAGAUGGAGGCGGCACCGCUGUCCGGGACGGACAAGGGGUGGAUGCAGAAGCUGAUGCGGCUGCCGUUCCAGCGGCUGACCAACGUGGCGGCGAGCCCUCGGUUCCGGGCCUACGAGGCGGCUGACUUCGGGUUCGGGAAGCCCGCGCGCGUGGAGCUGGUGUCCAUGAACCACGACGGCGAGAUGGUGCUCGUCGGCGGCCGCCGAGAUGGUGAGGUGCAAGCCUCCGUGUCGAUGGACCCGGCGCACAUGGACGCAUUCAAGGCCUGCAUCCUCGGCUAGAUAAAUUUUCAGUUUUGCUAAAGCACAUCUAGAUGUGUCAUAAGUAUCACACAUCUAAGUUCUAUGUCAUUGAUCUUACAUCGAGAUUUAUGUGGAUAUUUUUUUUU